CACGACUACAGAGUACCAUUAGCACAAAUCCCCGUCAGGACCCAUCCAGGAGCCGUGUCCGAGAUACACAACAACCCAACUACCAAAUUCCCGCCCUUGGUUUGAGUUCCCCACCAACACCGCGCCUUGUUCUUUCCCUUGUUUGCAUAAACAGAUACCCUCCCCAUCGUGUAUCAAAAUGGCCAGCCGUCGCUCCGCAGAGAAGACCCCGCCCAAGGAGGUUGCGGCCCCUUCCAGCUCGGGGAAGAAGGUCUCUGACUCAGAUGUGACCCCUGCAGUUCCCACUAAUGUGAUCAUGAAACUGGCCUUCUUCUCGGUGGCUAUGAUUUUUGUGCCUAUUGGGAUGUACUUCGUGACUGUGAACGUUGGUGGUACGAGCGCAACUGUCGGCGGUAUCGUUGCUGCGAUCAUGGCCAAUGUGGUCCUCGUCGCAUACAUCUUUGUCGCGUGGAAGGAUGACCAGGCGGAGAGAGAAGCCGAGCAAAAGCAGAAGGAGAAGAAAGCGCAGUAAGGCUCAGCGCGUCCGCGAUGUCUGGUAAUGUAUUGCCGUUUCAACUUGCUUUGCGUACAGUACCUGGUGUUUGUUUUAGUUUGGGCGUUCAUGGACAGCUGAUUAUGUGGUGCGGUUGUCGGGUUUUAUCAAAAUGUCAGAGUAUGAUGUCAAUAAUCCUGCAGAUGUUCGGAC